AUGAACUUGGAGUACGAAGCAAAUUUCGAAGAACAGGUUUUACCCUUCCGUAUCAAGGUCAACGAGCAGUUCCUAAACACGACGAAGCUGAAAGUCUCUCUGACGCGCUUCGUCGACACCGAGCUCGAGCAGGCAGACUUCACCGAUGGACCACCUACCAAGACAGCGCGUGAGUUGGCACAGUAUUGGACGGAGAAAUACGACUGGCGAUCGGUAGAAGCCAACCUCAACGCAGAGCUCCAGCAGUUCACCGUCAUCGUGAAACCAUCCUCUAGCCCAGCCAACUUCAGCGAGGAUGUCCCACUACACUUCGUCCACCACAUAUCAAGUAGAGCAAACGCCAUCCCACUGCUCUUCGUUCACGGCUGGCCCGGGUCCUUUCUGGAAGUCAUCCCCAUCAUCAAACAGCUUACCCAUCCUCCAGAUGAUUCUCUCCCCGCCUUUCAUGUGGUCGCACCGAGUAUUCCAGGCUACGGCUUCAGUCCUUCGCCAAGAGUCCCAGGCAUGGGCUACCGCGCUGUGGCAGCUGCGUUCCACGCCCUGAUGACGCAGAAACUUGGCUAUAAGAAAUACGUCUUCCAAGGUGGCGAUGCGGGAGACCUCAUCAAUCGCUACGCAGCCCAUGACUUUCCCGAGAGUGUUGUCUCGGGCCUGUCAAAUUUCUGGGUUGUACCUCCAAGCAACGAGGAUUUGGAGAUGUCCCAACAGCACAAGUUUCCGGAGGACAGCGAUGAGCAGUACUUCUGCGCUCACUGGUCAGAUUUCUUCAAGUCCAGUUGGGGCUAUGCUCAGAUUCAGCAGACCAGACCAUUGAAGCUCGCGCAAGGCUUGACUGACAGUCCGGUUGGGCUCGCCAUGUGGAUCUAUGAUGCGGUCUUCACGGGCAUCGAACCGGCUCGCCGCGAGGAAGUCUGGACCAUGGAUAGGGUGAUCACUUGGACGAUGAUGGAGUGGCUGAAUGGUCCUUACGGGGCAUUCUCUCUGUACAAGCAGGGCGCAAAGGACGGUGCGAUAAGCACUGACACCAUAAACCCUCUGCCGUUCGUUAAACAGCCGGUCGCCAUCUCGCUAUUUCCCUACGACAUCUGGUAUCGAUUGCCCAUGAGAUGGGCACAGCGUGGAGGCAAUGUGGUGCAACGAAACGUGCAUGCCGAAGGAGGCCACUUUCCGAGCAUUACAAACCCUACCGCACUUUUGCAGGAUAUCUGGAAGUUCUUCGGCGACGCAAGUCUUUCGCGUACAGAUACUUUUGCAGGGUGA